AUGACAUCCUUCAAUGGUCCUUGGUCCAGCGAUCUCGACGCGUUCAAGAAGUCGGUGCAGUCGAUGCCAGAUCAGUACAAGUCGUCCUUCGCUGCCGCAUCCAAGAGUACUCUCGAGAAGGUCUGCUCCCCAAGUGUCCUUCACAUCUGGGAGACCGACUCCGAUAUCGACAGCCUUCUCCAACUCACUUCGGUCAUUGCUAAGCUGUGCGAUCUCGGCGUGCGCAAGAACAAGGGCGCGAACGAGAAUGAUGGCAGUAUGCUGAUCAUUGCUGAAGAGAGUCGAAGUAGAAACAAUUUCGGUCGCAUCUGCCAGCUGGUUGAGUAUCUGACUGGAGCCGAUGGCAAGAGGCAUCUCGAAGGCACAGUAGCAGUGUUCAGCAAGAUCCUCAUAGUGAGGGGUUGGGACAACAACGUCCUAUCCGGACAGCAGGAGGCGCUCGAGAAGACGGUGAAGAGAGUCAAUACGGCAGUUGAGCAGGUACUGAAGAUGGGCGGAUUGAAGAAGAUAGUCUGGCAUCACGGCGCUGUACUGCACUUCCUGCUCCAGUGGAUCAACAUGACGACAUCUACUCUGCGAUCCGCAUUAUCUGCAAUCACCGUCACUGGAUCCCUCAACCUCGCAGAUAGAAUAGCACCCUCCGUCACCGGGCGAGCGAAUAAACUGCCAGAUCUCGAGCGCUUGGAACAAUUCGCAAAGAAAUUGAACAUACCUGUCGUCUUCCUCGAUACACCUAGCCAGUUGCUCGACUUCGAGUAUCUGGGUACGUAUGUGUACUACUACGCUUACUACAUCAACACGUUCCUCCCUACCUCGCUGUCACGGCCUCACCUCUACAAAGCACAAGAUGAGCUCGUUACCUUUGCAUUUCGGCUCCGCGCUGCGAGUGAAGGCAGAUACGGCAGUGACGCAGUCAAGAUGGUGCAGAAGCAUCUCGACGCGAGUAAAGCGAAACAAUGGGCAAGAACAUGCGUGAGCAAAGAAAGCUACGAGAAGAGCAAGUGUCGUGCAGCCGGCAAAGACGAAGCCAUACACCACGCUGUUCAGCUAGCGGAUAGCCCUUUCGCCCUUCUAACCCAUGGCGCGGGAGUACCUGCAUUUGCCAGGCUAGCAGUCGGUCCCGCCUCUGCUUCCGCACACGAAUACUACACCGCAGCCCCCGUCAAUAUCGCCUUCACUAAAUCACAAAUCCGACCCACCAGCCCAGCGACCUUCCAUAUCCUCAUCCCACGGUCUUCCCAAGACCUCGAGAAAGUCACAAACCGCGUUCAGGGCCUCAUGAUGGCCGUGCUAGAGCGCGUCAGACAGGAAAAGGGUAACCCUGUGCUCGACGACACGGAGAAUGGGAUGUGGACUGCUGUAGUCAAGGCGUGUGAAUGGGCGAUUGAGGGAUGCAACGAGAGCAAGAUGCCCAAGGGAGUGGCCAAGAAAGUUGGAUUCGUCACGGGCAAGUUGCAGGAGGGGACUUGGGGGUUCGCGCUUGAUCCGCCGAAAGAUGGAGGGAAGAUUGCUACGAACAGUGUGGCUGCAGUGGCUGCGAUGCCGGAACCGAAUCGAACGUAUGGGUUUGGACAGAAUACGCAGCAAACUAGGGGGUUGCAUACGACGUAUAAUGGGGCUGAGCAGCAGCAGCAGCAGCAGUACAUGCCGCAGCAAGGUCACGGGGGUGGACUGUCACAAUUUCCUAUGCCGAGUUCGGCUCAGGGUGCUGCGUUUGCUCAGCAGGUGCCUGGCCAGAUGCCAAAGCAGGGUAUGUACAGUGGCGGUCCGGACUAUGGUGGUGGUCACUUCUCUGGUGGACAAAGUGCGCUGUUGCCGUCGCACCGUGGAUUCGAACAUGGUGGAAGGGGCGGUGGGUACCAACAGAGUAUGGGUGGGCCUUGGUGA